GCCAGAUUUGUUCGGAUUGUACUGCAUCAUCACACAAUAUAAUAACAUCUGGGGUGUGAGCCUUGGUUGGGAGCACAGUCCGUUUCAAAAUAUAAAACUCACACAUUUACAUCGAACCUGGUAGAUUCUUCUCUAGCAGUGUCAUUGAGGUUAUUGGGUAUAUCCCAUUACCGACAUCAUUGGUUUAGCGCUCUCGACAUUGAACAUAAACCAAAAUACAUUCCAUGAACGAAGGUUGUCGGGAAGUCGUUUUAGAUGGGCACGGUUCACAAAUAUUGCGAUCUCCUUCAAAUACAGGACCUUUAGACAAGCUCUCGCUAUCCCUUGACUCCCCUGAAGAGUCUGAAACCACACAGUUACCAGAUGAUUACCAAGAAGAGGCAAGUGCCUUUUCAAAACCUAGAUCAAAAUGUUUCGGCCUCACGAUCAAGGAAUCUUCACAAAUGUCUAACUUUUACUACCAUGGAUUGAAGGUCCCGAUAAUGAUGUAUAGGUGCUUCACAUAUUUGGACCAUGAGAUAGGAUAUGACAAAGUUGGUAUUUUCAGAUUAUCAUCUGUGAAAUCCGAGAUCAAUAGAUUGGAGGAAAUGUUUAACAACUUGGGCGAUGUCGAUUUGGUGAACCUGAACCCGAAACCUAGCAUUCAUGCCGUCACGACACUUUUCAAGCGAUGGCUUCGCUCUGGAGAGAGAAUUUUGAAUGAGGAAGACUGCAUGCAACUUAAACUACUGCUUCGACUUUCAAAUGUUUCCAUUAGAAUACGCGAGUUUAAUUCCGUUCUAAGAGCGCUCCCGUCUGAAAACUACCAAAUACUAAAAUGCUUAUUUAUCUAUCUUGAUAAGGUUCUCGAAUACCGGGAUCAGAACAAAAAUUCGAUUGAGAGCUUGGCGAUGCUAUUCAGUGCGAACGUCUCCUACGACCCAACAGGCAAACAUGUUCCUAUAUUCACUGAGCUAUUGGUUAAUAGAAAGUCAUAUUUCCUCGAUUGA